CCAGGGUGCAGCGUAGCCUGAGGCACUGUGCUGAGUGCAGGGAUCGGUCGUGGAGGGAAUGGACCUGGGUUUGGAGAGAGAGAGCGCGGAAGAGGCUGCCUUGUAGGUGCUGUGCUGAACUGGCUGGGACACGUGAGGUUGCAGGUCAGGGAUGGGGAGAGGGCGAUAGGGACUGUGCCUUGUGAUUUCCAUAAGUUAUGAUUUCCCUAACUCGGGCUACUUGCCACCCGAGUUCCCCUUUGGCUUCUGGGACAGGAGAGCUGCCUGGUAGCGCCGAGUAGAUGUUAGUGCAAGUCCAAGAUUGCAAACUAAUGAUGGUCGGCUGCCUACGUGCUCCUGAGGGGGAGCUGGGAGCUCAGUGAGCAGCUUUGGUGGGGAAGCAUGCUUCUGUAGCUGAGUCAUUCUCACAUGGACGCGGUCAGAUUCUCAAUAUUUGUAGUGCAAUUUGUAGGGUUUCUGGUCCUUCCUGAACUCUGCAGCCAUCCUAAUGUAAGGUCUUGAGGUCAUGAAUGGGAUCUCUUCCAGUUAGAGAUUUAAGAGAGAAAAACUUCGCAGUGAAACAAAGGUCACAGGUGGGAAAUUUGGAGCCCGUUAACCUAUCUGCCAGAAUCCGCUUCAAUAGAAAAGCUUUGCCUAGGGUGAGAGAACACACAUACACCCCCACACACAGAGGGACCCUCUGCAGGAAGAAUGGGAACUGGAGAAGCUGACUCCAGGCUUCACAUUAAGGACUGGGUUUUCUUAACUUUGAAAGGUCUUCCAUCCCUUCUGUCGGGUGGACCACAGUGGUUGUGUCAACAUGUCUUGAUCUUGUCUUGAAGUGUUGAGCUAGUCCAUAAGCAGGGUGUCUAGGAACAGAGAAAAAAUGCUCAUGGACUUGUGUUUCAGUGCCAGGCUUUUGUGUCAGGUCAGGAGGGUGAGGAAGAACUCACAGACUGUGUGUAUUUACCUGAUUUAAAGUAAACAGACCUGUGAUAGAAAAGAAACUUGAGUCUACUCUAUUGCACAUCCCUGUCAUUUCUGCAUUUGUGAGGGGAGACAGGACCCUCUGGUCCUCCCCUGCUUCAUAGCAAAUUCAAGGGUGCCUGGGAUACCUGAGUCUGUGUCUGAAAACAUUAAACUUCAUGAUCAUGAGAAAUACUUUCUGUGUUCAUUUCAUGUUUCUUACAGUGAGCACCAUGACAAAUCCAUGGAAUCAGCACAUUGCUCACGUAAGAACUAUUUGUGGUUAACUUCUGUUGACAGGUUUCACGUGUAAUUUAAUGUUUUUUCACUAACAUACUUUUUUUAUUGAAGACAUUAACUUUUGGAGUCUAGAUAAUUGUUUGCAUUUACUCUGUGAAGAGGAAUUCUAAUGCUUUGCUUAAAUAUUCCUGUUUGUAGUGAUUGUUCAUUCUUUUUAGAUAUUAAUCUGUUUGUUACUGUCAUGACCUGAUGCUGAUUUCUUCUCGUUUUUAUUUAUUUCUUACAGGUUGCUCCUUUCAUGUCCAAUCUGAGACUCCAUUAUAUCUUCAUUUCCAUUCUGUAGUUCUUGACUGAUGUGGCUACUGUGGUCACAUUCCUGGGUCUUUUUCUGCAGCUGCAGCUGGGAUGCCUUCCCCUGUCCUUACUCCAGAGGUUCCAGAAAUGCUGUCCUUCUGGGAUGUGGCCAUUGAGUUCUCUGCAGAAGAGAGGGAAUGCCUGGAGCCUGCUCAGUGGAAUUUGUACAGGGAUGUGAUGUUGGAGAAUUACAGCAACCUUGAUUUCCUUGGUCUUGCUGAGUCUAAGCCACACCUGGUGACACUUUUGGAGCAAAUACAAGACUCUUCAGAUGUGAAGAGACAAGCAGCAGCCAACGUGCAGCCAGGAACAACAUUCAAUGAUUAUAAUGAUUACAGCAAGGGUAUUGACUGUAACUUAUUACGUAUUCAAAGCCAGAGAAUUCAUACAAGGGAGAAACCCUACCAGUGUAAAGAAUGUGGUAAGGGCCUUAGUUCUUAUAAAACACUUUCCAUACACCAAAGACUUCAUACUGGAGACAAACCCUAUAUGUGUAAAGAAUGUCAUAAGACCUUCAAUACUCGCUCUUCACUUUUUAUACACCAGAAAAAUCAUACUGAUGAAAAAACCCACAAGUGUGAAGAAUGUGGCAAAUUAUUUUAUUAUCCUUCAAUGCUGAAGCAACAUCAAAGAAUUCAUUCUGGAGAGAAACCACACAAGUGUGAAAAAUGUGGCAAAGCUUUUUAUGAUCCUUCAUUCCUGAAGCAACAUCAAAGAAUUCAUUCUGGAGAGAAACCACACAAGUGUGAAAAAUGUGGCAAAGCUUUUUAUGAUCCUUCAUUCCUGAAGCAACAUCAAAAAAUUCAUUCUGGAGAGAAACCCAACAAAUGUGAAAAAUGUGACAAAGCUUUUUAUGAUCCCUCAAUGCUGAAGCAACAUCAAAGAAUUCAUUCUGGAGAGAAACCCUACAAUUGUAAAGAAUGUGAUAAAUCCUUUAACACUCCUUCAGUGCUGAAGCAACAUCAAAAAAUUCAUUCUGGAAAGAAACCCUACAAGUGUGAAGAAUGUGGCAAAUACUUUUAUAAACCUUCAGUGCUAAAGCAACAUCAAAGAAUUCAUUCUGGAGAGAAACCAUGCAAGUGUGAAGAAUGUGGCAAAUCCUUUUAUAAACCUUCACUGCUGAAGCAACAUCAAAGAAUUCAUUCUGGAGUGAAACCAUGCAAGUGUGAAGAAUGUGGCAAAUCCUUUUACUAUCCUUCACUGCUGAAGCAACAUCAAAGAAUUCAUUCUAGAAAGAAACCAUGCCUGUGUGAAGAGUGUGGCAGUUUAUUUUCUUCAUUCUCAUCCCUUACUCAACAUCAAACAGUUCACUACAAAGACAAUCCCUACAAGUGUGCAGAGUGUGGCAUAAGGUUUUCCCAUUCUGCAAUCUUUCAGAAACAUAGUAAAAUUCAUGAAGACAGACCAUACAAGUGUGAAGAAUGUCACAAAACCUUUCUUUAUCACUCAUCACUUAAGAACCACAAGGUAGUUCAUACUAGACAGAAAUUAUACAAGUGUGAAGAGUGUGGCAAAUAUUUUUCCUCAGCUUCAUGCCUUAGACGACAUCAAAUAAUUCACUCUGAAGACAACCCUUACAAGUGUGAAGAGUGUGGCAGAUGUUUUUCCUCAGAUGCAUGUUUUAGAGCACAUCAAACUAUCCAUUCUGAAGACAAUCCUUAUACCUGUGUACAAUGUGGCAAACGAUAUUCCUGUUCUAGGAAUCUUCAGGAACAUCAAACACUUCAUACUGGAGAGAAAUUGUACAAGUGUGAAGAAUGUGGCAAAGGCUUUCAUUAUCUCUCAUGCUUUAGGAAUCACAAGGCAAUUCAUACUGGAGAAAAACUUUACAAGUGUGAAGAAUGUCACAAAACCUUUCGUUAUCUCUCAUCCCUUAGGAAUCACAUGGGAGUUCAUACUGGAGAGAAACCAUUCAAGUGUGGAGAAUGUAACAAAACCUUUUGUUAUCUCUCAUACCUUAGGAAACACAAGAGAGUUCAUAGUGAAGAGAAAUCAUACAAGUGUGAAGAAUGUCACAAAGCUUUUCAUUAUCUCUCAUCCCUUAGGAAACACAAAAGAGUUCAUAGUGAAGAGAAACCAUACAAGUGUGAAGAAUGUCACAAAGCCUUUUUUUAUCUCUCAUCCCUUAUGAGACACAAGACAGUUCAUACUGGAGAGAAUCCCUAAAACUGAAUAUGUGAGAAGGUUCUCUUCACCUUCAUCCUUUAGACAAUAUAAAAAAGAAAAGGAAAUUCAUUCUGAAGACAAUCCCUAAAAUUAUGGGCAAUGUGACAAACACUUUGUUAAUCUUUAUGUGCUUACUCAACGGAUGCUAUAUUUCAUAUGGAGAAAUAUCCUAAAAAUGUCUUAGAAUGUUUACUUUUUCAACCCUUAAAAUACAUCAAAUGAUUUAUUCUGACUCAAACUCCAUGAGUGUGUGAAGUGUGGUAAAAUAUUUGCUAACUAUUCAGAUCUUACCCACCUCAAUGAAUCCAUAGUGGAGAAUAUUAGGUUAAUCAUUUUGGAAUGUCAGCAAGAACAUCUAACUUCCAAUAGCAAAAAUGUUAAGAAUGUCAUCAGAGAGCUGUAGAGAUUUCUCUUUGCUAACCCCAACAAUUUGUCCAAGCAGUGUGUUUGAAACUUGCCUUGAUUAAUGAGUCUUUUUCUUCUGUAACUAUAAAUGUUCUCUGAAACCUUUACCAUGCCCUGACUUUGUCCACAGGGUGCCUGGAAUCUGAGAUCUGGGCUGUGUCAUAGUUACUCUUGUUUUUCCCAGUGGAGUCAUCCAAGCUCCUGUAAUAUCUCCCCUAGGUGUGUAAGAAUCUCUGUCUCUCUGAGCUAGCAGGUUUUAAACCAGCACAUGGCUCUUGAGUCCUUAUUGGUAAAAGAAAAGGACAGUGACUUAGUUAAAACUACAGGAAGGCUCUUCCAGUCUAAGCCCUCAGCCUCAAGGCAGCAGCUGCAGCUGAAGAGGUGAAGUCAUCAGCUGUGGUAUCUGCUGUGCCUCAGAUAAAAAACAACAGUGCCCAUAGAGCAAUAAUGACAGACAAGUUAUGAGAGGAACCAAUGAUUUUCUGGUUGGGUUUAAUGCUUAUUCCACAAAUUGUAACUGAUGUGAUAUUAAUUUGGUAAUAUACUUAAGCUUGGCUUGGUGAUAA